AUGUGGUACCGGAUCCCUGCCUGCUCGCCUGCCGCCUCCUCCGCCGCCGCCGCUCGCCGCUCCUCCUCCGCCUCUUCCUCUUCCUGCCGCUACCGCUGCCGCCGCUGCUCGGCUUUAAAGCGCUAUGAAAGAAAAAGACCACUGAGGAGGGGAAAUGAAAUGGCGGGCCUGCUCUCCUCCUCUGUUGAAGUCCUGCACACCCGCCCAGCAGACCCUGAGUCAGUUUUUACAUCGCUCAGGUCCCACGAAGCCCUCUGUGGCGCAGGUGUACACCCACUGACCGCAGUCCAGCUGAGAUGGGGGAAAAACAAUUCACUAAUGUUCAAUCAGAGAGGCCUGGAUGACAGGAUGAAGCCUGCAGUGACUGAGGAGUGGACACUGGAGUCUGAGGAGGCUGCAACAGGCCGGACUGAGGGAAGCAACAAGACACAAGAUUAUAGCUACUGA